AUGGCCAUGAUUGAGGGCGGCAAGGCGUGGCCAGGAAACCGCGAGAUGUCCGUCGUUGAUAGCUUGAAGGAGGAGGUCAGAGAGCUGCAGCAAAUUAUCACCAUGAAGGAUCGCAUCAUCCGCAGUUUGGGAGGGCAGCAAAUGCAGGGGCAUUUGAUUGGAGUCAAGGAGGUCGUCGCCAUGAAGGACGACAUCAUUCGCAGGCUCCAGUCUGAGCUGGACGAGCAGAAACGCCUCAGUAGAGGUCCGGAGAGCGACGGGCAGCCCUUCACUGUCUUGCCUGGCCCUCCCAAUGAGGCCUAUGUGCCAGACCAUGGCUCGCCGGUGGAUCGGCGCAUCGCGGACUUCACGAACCACCGCAGGAACUUAGUGCUGUUCAGCCGGCUGCAAUCUGAGGAUGCUGAGGACUACUACCUCUACGGCCAGAUGCUGGUCCGUUGCUGCCUGGAUGAGGCCGGCGCUGUGCUGGUGCAGCUUUGCCAGGCUGGCCCAAGGCGCCGCACAUGGCAAGGCCUGGUGCUUCCUUUGGAGGACUUCGUGCGCCGCUUCGAGGCGCCGACGCACGCCCAGCUGGAGCAGCACUUUCGAGCUGCCUUUCGAGCUGCUCCCCGAGGAUCCGCAAUUCGGACGGUGCCCGUUUGGGAAGCCUGGACGAAGACGGACGAAGACGCCAUGGGUUGUGGCGCGAGCGCGGGGAAGACCAAAAAGCCGCCGGAUCCGCCCGCCGAUGACAAGAGCGAGCAGAAGAAGGCGGACCGCAGCGAGGAUAAGAAGGCGGCCCAGUUAGAGAACAAGGAGUAUGAAGCUCGGAUGCGCUUCCUGGAUCAGGUGCCCCUGAUGAAGCGUCUCCCGCGGGACGAGCACCCCAUCGUGGCGGAAGCCUGCGAAGCGUGCGAGUUCCAGAAUGGGGAUGUGAUCAUCCAACAAGGGGACCCCGGGGACGCGUUCUACGUGAUCCGCUCCGGCGAAGCGCGGGUCUUCGUGCAGACCAACGACGGCCAAGACCAAGUGGCCUCGCUGAAGGGCGGGGACUAUUUUGGAGAGAAUGCCUUGUUGCGGGACGAGCCACGGACCGCCACCAUUAUCGCCUCCAGCCGAUUGCUGGCCUUUAGGAUUAGAAGAGACAAGUUCCAGGAGCUGGGGCUGAACGCCAAGCUCCAGUUUGCCAACCGCAAGGCGGUGGGCGCGGGCAUGAAGGCGGCUGUGAAAUGCAAGCCGCCCACGCCCAAAACGCCGGAGGACGUCGAAAUGAUUACCCUGGCGUUGCAGAAGAACGAGAACCUGGCGACGAUGACGACGCUGGACCCCUCGCGGCUUCAAUCGUUCAUUGAGGUCAUGUGGAAGGAAGAGGUGAAAGCCGGAGAGCGGAUUAUCUCCGAGGGCGACUUACAGGCGGACUACUUCUAUGUGGUCGCCUCCGGACAAUUUGAGGUCAUGGUCUGCGACUCCGACGCUGCGCCCAACGCCUCGGAGAACGCCACGGCGGCCGAGACCGGGGAGGAGUCGCAGUUGCCCCCACCGCCGCCACCGGCGGACGCGCCCCAGAGGACCAUCAGCCAUGUUGCCCAAGGGGGCAGCUUUGGCGAAUUGGCCCUGCUCUACUUUGUGCCGAGGGCAGCGACCGUGGUGGCUUCUACGGAUGCCACGGUGUGGGUGAUCGACCGAAGCAACUUUAAAAACAUCUUGAUGAAGGCCUCGGACUCCAAGAUCAGAGCAUAUGUGAAAUACCUCGACAAAGUCUCUAUUUUGGAUGCUCUGCUGGCGGAAGAGAAGAAGCAAGUGGCAAAUGCUUUGGUCGAGAUGCAUUUUGCCUCCGGAGACAAGAUCAUUCAACAAGGGGAACCGGGAAACAUGUUCUACAUCAUGUAUGAGGGUGAUGUGAACAUCGACAAGGAUGGUGAAGUCGUGGCCACCUUGUCGGCCAAGAGCAAGAGCGGCACUGUGCAUUUUUUCGGGGAGAUGGCCUUGCUGGAGAAUGAGAACCGCACGGCCACGGUGGUUGUCACCUCCUCGGACGCGAAGUGUUUGGUCUUGGACCGGGAGUCCUUCAACCUUUUGCUCGGCCCGUUGAAGGACAUCAUCGAGGCUGCUCGAGAGGGCCGCGAGAGGCCCGAGAGGGUGGUGCCCCAGGCGCAGGGCUGCCUGGCCGAGAAUCGCACCAAGAUCAAGCGAAGCGAGCUGAAGCGCAUCGGGCUGUUGGGCUGCGGAGGCUUUGGCGCGGUGGAGCUCUGGGAACACAGCAAGACGGGACAGACCUUUGCGUUGAAAGCCAUCAGCAAGGGCUACAUUGUGAAGACGGGCAUGCAGGAGAGCAUCAUGAACGAAAAGGCAAUCCUGGCCAUGACCAACUCCCUCUUCAUCACCAAGCUGUACGAGACCUACAAUGGCACCCAGACACUCUAUUUCUUGCUCGAGCCGUGCCUGGGUGGGGAACUUUACUCCACCUAUGUGCGGAAGAGCUUAUACGGCUCUGAGAAGCACUGCAGGUUUUACUCCGCGUGUGUGAUCAAUGCCUUCGAGCAUAUGCACCAGAGGAGGAUCAUUUACAGGGAUCUCAAGCCCGAAAAUCUGCUCUUGACCGAAGAGGGGCACUUGAAGGUGACGGACAUGGGUUUGGCCAAGUUCGUGAUCGGCAAAACCUACACCACCUGUGGCACGCCUGAUUACUUUGCGCCAGAAGUGAUUGCAUCUACAGGUCAUACCAAUGCUGUUGAUUGGUGGACGCUGGGCAUUCUCAUCUUCGAGCUCAUGGCUGGUCACCCUCCCUUUGAAUCGGCCUACCCCAUGCAGAUCUAUGCCAAGGUGACGAAGGGCAUCGGCAAGGUGCCAUUUCCUUCCGUGAUCAAGGGCACCUGUCGGAGCCUCAUCGAGAGCCUCUUGAAGAACGACCCGGUGGAACGCUUGCCGAUGAAGCCCGGCGGCGUGAAGAACCUCAUCGGGCACAAGUGGUUCGAGACCUUCGAUUGGGAAGCACUCUCCGCUCAAGCCCAACUUCCACCUUAUAAGCCGGUGGUGAAAAGUAAGAAGGAUUUACAGAACUUUGUGGCGCGAAAAGAGGACGCCCCAAGGACGAUUGAGUAUGUCGAUCCAGGAACUGGAUGGGACAAAGACUUCGCAACAUCUCACUAA